AUGGAUCUCAACGACAACGUGCCCCCUAUCCCAACCCGCCACCAUUUCCACGUCUCUCAGAGAGAAGCCCGCCAUCUACAGCCUCGCCCUUCUCGCAACUCUCGCCGACACUCGCCCCAGCGCACCCCGCGCCCAGUCAUCCCUCCGGCCUCUCCCGAGGUCAUCUCCAACCUCAUCACCAGCCUCGGCGCCAUUUCACAACCCACCAGCAGCCACUUUGAAUCGCAUCCGGCCGCCAUCAACUUCGCCUUGCCCACGAGUCCCGCCAGCCCCAGCUCUGGCAGCUUUGGCGUCGAUUACGGUGCCUAUACUCGCUCCGAGCCUGACGAACCUACCCAAGACCCCUCGUCACUCGACAACCUGGCAGCGAGUGCCCCUAUUAUUCGUACCUCGAAGCCGACCAGCGGAUACUCGCCAUUGACAGGCCCCAAGAGCCCUUCGACCCGGAGUACCAGCCGCGAGAGCGGAUCUGGUCUUCGUUCAUUCAUUCGCGGCAACAGCGUAGCCUCGCGUCCAUCCUCCCCGGCCUCUGCUACCUCCAAGAAUGACGACGCCCACAGCAUAGGCAACCUGUCUGUAGAACGUGGAUCUGCGCCGACCCCGGAGCUGAAACACCAUCGAUCGCACGACAGCUGGGGGAAAAAGACCGGCCGGGGCACAAAGGGCCUGAUGUACAUGAGCUCCAAGGAGCGUCUCCGUGAAAGAGAAUUUGAAAGAAAAAGAUUGCCAAGGAGGUCCGGUAGCCAAAGCGAACCCGGCAGAGGGACCCCCAACAACACCAUGACCAACAACGGGGCUCGACCAGACCCCUUUCUCGCCGAAACAGUCAUCAACGAAGAGCCUGGUUCUCAUAGCGACAGCCCGGGUCUGAAUGAGCCAAACAAGUUGGAUACCCCGCAGCCUAUUCCUGCGCGAGACUCGAGCCUAAGAAAGUCACGAACCCAUCAAAAACGAACGAGCGCGCGUCGGUCUAAACGAGAUAGUGAUACACCGGCUGCAGUAGCCAUACCAGAGACUGAAGAACAUGUCGCCUGUACUUUACCGCCGCCGCAGCAGCAUACUCGUACGGGCUCAGGGACAGGCACCCAAGCAAAGUCUUUUUUGCUCGGUCCAGACGAACGCCCGACGUCCCCCGCGUCGUCGGCAUCAAGAGCUGCCCAGCCUCUCCCCGAUUUUAACAUGGACGCUGUGAAUUACAAUGACGAGGGAGCUGCGCCCUUCUCCGCAGUCGCGCAGAGACGACGGGAAAGCCACAGCGCGGAACGCAGCAGCAGUCGAUUAUCUGGCCGGCUGAGUCCUGCUCCGAAGGAGGCCCUGAAAAUGAAGCGCAGUAGUUCGCGUCUGAAGCCGUUGUCAGGCCCGCUUAGCCCUCGCAGUGAAUCUAGAACCAGUGCGGCUGCCUCGCCCGAACCCGCGCAGCAGGCUCAGCAGCAGACCUAUCCUGCCGGCUAUGAACGGCCCGGAUCCGCAGACUCAGUAGAUGAUGCUGUUGAGUCGUACCUCUGUUCUCCACGUCUGUCUCAAAAGAUUCGACACCCUCAAACAGGUCGAGUUAUUUCCUUCUCAGAAGUCGGCGAUGCAAAUGGAUCAGCAGUCUUUUGCUGUGUCGGUAUGGGCUUGACAAGAUAUAUCACGGCCUUUUACGAUGAGCUGGCAUUGACUUUGAAACUUCGCCUCAUCACACCCGACCGACCCGGAGUUGGUGAUAGCGAGCCCUAUACCGAUGGGACAACCACUCCUUUGAGCUGGCCUGAUGACGUUUAUGCCAUUUGUCAGGCGCUAAAGAUUACCAAGUUUUCGAUCCUUGCUCAUUCAGCAGGCGCAAUUUAUGCUCUUGCAACGGCAUUGCGAAUGCCCCAGCAUAUCCGCGGACGAAUUCAUCUCUUGGCGCCAUGGAUUCCCCCAUCCCAGAUGAAUGUGUUUGGUGCAUCUCAAACGCUGCCCCCGACCAAUGCUAUCCCCACAUCGCAAAAGAUUUUGCGUGCUUUGCCAACACCUCUCCUGAAGGCGGCUAACAGCAGCUUCAUGACGGCAACAAGUAGUUCCAUUACGAGCUCUCUGCCCAAGAAUCAACGCCGCGCUAAACGCAAGUCGAAUACCCACGGCAAAGAUGGCAACACUGGUAAUCGCAAUGGCAUGCCAGUCAACGAUGAGGAGAACCUCAACAGCACCCCCCAAGGAAAGGACAGGCCAGGAGGAGGGCAAGCGGAGAAUGGGUUUGACUCUCCUAAUAUGAGCGAGCACAUGGACCAAAUUCAGCCCGUUGGGGGUCAUGGCGUGAGUGGAGGCUCGGUAAUGGCCGAGUCCACGCUCGAUAUCAUGACGGACAAGGAACGGCAAAUGACCUACGACACGCGCCUUACUCACGCUAUUUGGGAGCUGGCCACCACGGGGGCCAAUCCCGCCGUUGACCUUUUGGUGUGUCUGGAGAGAAGACACACGAUUGGAUUUCGCUACGUCGACAUCACACGGCCCGUGGUCAUUCAUCACGGCAGCAGGGACACGCGUGUGCCCGUCGAAAAUGUCAAAUGGCUCGGCAAGACGAUGCGGCGCUGCGAAGUGCGCGUCUUGGAAGGCGAAGGACACGGCUUGAUGGCCAGCGCAACCGUCAUGGGCUCAGUCUUGAUGGAAAUGAGUAAAGAGUGGGACGAUUGGAUGCGGUUGACGGGCGCGGAUGGACGAAAAGACCGCGAGAGAGGACGGCGAGGGACGAUUGUUCGCUAA